UCACGCAGCUGGUUGUGCUGUCACGAGCCUAGUGCGAGCCGCGGAGAGGAGGCUGGAGAAUUAGAGCGGACAUCAAUUAUACAGGACAUCUUAUUUACCGCGUUUAGUGCGUGAUAACACGAGCAGGGCUAGCACUUAAUACCGCUGCCCGGCCGUUAAGACUCUCUGCCGAGAGACUGAGACCGAGCGAUUCCGGUCAACCGGUGAUGUAUUCCUGCAUUUGAAUGAUACUGCUAGCCAGCUAGCUAGCUAGCUGUUGAGCUAGCUGUACGGUGCGUGACUCGGAGUAAGUUAACGUUAAAUUCUCGGCCGUUAUUUUUUAUUAACACACCUGACUGCGUUAACCUGAGAGACAUCCAAACAGCAGGUGAUUUUAACUUCAGUCGGUUGGUGCUGUAGCUGUCGUGCGCGUCGCUUGUGUCCUAGCCAGAUAAGGAUUGAAUGAAAUAACGUUAGCUUGCCACAGGCAGCGGAAACGAGCCAGUUAACAGGGAUAACGUUAACUUAUCCUGCUGCUGGCUGAUCCACCGUCAUCCAGCUAAUCUAGCACAUGCUAUCUGAGCUAGCCACCCACAGGCACACAGUCCGCCCGGUAGGUCACCGCCAGCCAUAAAGUUGAAGCUAACGACUGGACCUGCGAGGUAGCUAACUCGUACCAAACGUCAAGUUGGCCAUCUUCCGCUAGAGUCCAGUGUGAAAGGCUGACCAGCGCCAGGUCGUUUUUACGGAUAAGGCCGGAGUGAGGACAGAAACCUGCAAACAUGCCGGCUGUGUCGAAAGGAGAUGGAAUGCGAGGAUUAGCAGUCUUCAUUUCCGACAUUAGAAACUGUAAGAGCAAGGAAGCUGAGAUCAAACGGAUCAACAAAGAGCUUGCUAACAUCCGCUCCAAGUUUAAAGGGGACAAGGCUCUGGACGGCUACAGCAAGAAGAAGUAUGUUUGCAAGCUGCUCUUCAUCUUCCUGCUCGGCCAUGACAUUGACUUUGGACACAUGGAGGCAGUCAACCUGCUGAGCUCCAACAAGUACACAGAGAAACAGAUCGGUUACCUGUUCAUCUCAGUGCUGGUCAACAGCAACAGUGAGCUAAUCCGUCUGAUCAACAACGCCAUCAAGAACGACCUGUCCAGCCGUAACCCCACCUUCAUGUGCCUGGCUCUUCACUGCAUCGCUAACGUAGGGAGCCGUGAGAUGGCCGAGGCCUUUGCAAGUGAGAUCCCUCGGAUCCUGGUUGCUGGGGAUACGAUGGACAGUGUGAAACAGUCAGCUGCUCUGUGUCUGCUGCGCCUCUACAAGACUUCUCCUGACCUGGUGCUGAUGGGGGAGUGGACAUCACGCGUGGUGCACCUGCUCAACGACCAACACAUGGGUGUGGUGACAGCAGCCAUCUCUCUCAUCACCUGUCUGAGCCAGAAGAAUCCAGAUGAGUUCAAAACCUGUGUUUCCCUGGCCGUUUCCCGACUCAGCAGGAUUGUGUCGUCAGCCUCCACUGACCUGCAAGAUUACACCUACUACUUUGUGCCAGCGCCGUGGCUCUCCUGCAAGCUGCUGCGCCUGCUGCAGUGCUACCCUCCACCAGAGGAUGGCGCUGUCAAAGGCCGCCUGGUAGAGUGUCUGGAGACCAUCCUCAACAAGGCUCAGGAGCCCCCCAAGUCCAAGAAGGUCCAGCACUCCAACGCUAAGAACGCCAUCUUGUUUGAGGCUAUCUCACUUAUCAUCCACUAUGACAGUGAGCCAAACCUGCUGGUGCGAGCCUGUAACCAGCUGGGCCAGUUUCUGCAGCACAGAGAGACCAACCUGCGCUACCUUGCUCUGGAGAGCAUGUGCACUCUGGCCAGCUCCGAGUUCUCCCACGAAGCUGUGAAGACGCACAUCGAGACUGUCAUCAACGCCCUGAAGACGGAGAGGGAUGUGAGUGUGCGACAGAGAGCAGCUGAUCUGCUCUAUGCCAUGUGUGAUCGCAGCAACGCCAAGCAGAUAGUAGCUGAGAUGCUCAGUUACCUCGAGACGGCAGACUACUCCAUCAGAGAGGAGAUGGUCCUGAAAGUGGCCAUACUCGCAGAGAAGUAUGCUGUGGAUUACUCCUGGUACGUGGACACCAUUCUAAACCUCAUCCGCAUCGCUGGUGACUAUGUCAGUGAAGAGGUGUGGUAUCGCGUCAUUCAGAUCGUCAUCAACCGAGACGAUGUGCAGGGCUACGCCGCCAAGACGGUCUUUGAGGCCCUGCAGGCCCCUGCCUGCCACGAGAACAUGGUGAAGGUUGGAGGCUACAUUCUGGGAGAGUUUGGUAACCUCAUUGCUGGUGACCCUCGCUCCAGCCCCCUGGUCCAGUUCAACCUUCUCCACUCCAAGUUCCACCUGUGCUCUGUGCCGACCCGUGCCCUGCUGCUGUCGGCCUACAUCAAAUUUAUCAACCUAUUCCCAGAGACCAAGGCCACCAUCCAAGAGGUGCUGCGCUGUGACAGCCAGAUCCGCAACUCAGACGUGGAACUGCAGCAGCGCGCUGUCGAGUAUCUUAAGCUUUCCUCCAUUGCUAGCACCGAUGUCCUGGCCACUGUCCUGGAGGAGAUGCCUCCCUUCCCAGAGAGGGAGUCGUCCAUCCUGGCUAAGCUGAAGAAGAAGAAGGGGCCUGGUGCCGUGUCUGUGACAGAGCUGGAGGACAACAAAAGGGAGGGUGGGGAGUUGAAUGGAGGGGCCGACCGGGGGCCAGACACAGCGGCCAUGGCUGCCUCUAACGCUUCCACCCCGUCACCGUCAGCGGACCUCCUCGGGAUUCGCUCCGCUGCCCCUGUUGGCGCCGCUCCAGCCAGCGCUGGCAGCUUAUUGGUGGAUGUGUUCUCUGAGGCAGGGCCUGCCGCACCUUCUGCCGCCGUCAACGAUGACGGCUUCCUAAGAGAUCUGGAACAGCCCACUGAGACCUCUGAUUCCCUAUUGGUGGAGGGUUCUGGUGACUCGGACUCUGCUCCUCCCUCUGAGGAUCCUGCUCCUCCUCUGUCUGAGGCAGACGAACUUCUUAACAAGUUUGUUUGCAAGAACAACGGGGUUCUGUUUGAGAACCAGCUCCUACAGAUCGGCAUCAAGUCAGAGUACCGUCAGAAUCUGGGGAGAAUGUACCUGUUCUAUGGUAAUAAGACAUCAGUGCAGUUUGCCAGUUUCACCACCACAGUCAACUGUCCUGGGGAGCUGCAGUCUCAGCUCAACGUUCAGACCAAACCAGUGGAACCACUGGUGGAGGGUGGAGCCCAGAUCCAGCAGGUCCUCAACAUCGAGUGUCUGACUGACUUCUCUGACGCCCCCCUGCUCAACAUCAAGUUCAGGUAUGGAGGGGCUCUGCAGAACCUUACCCUCAAACUGCCUGUCACCAUCAACAAGUUCUUCCAGCCAACUGAGAUGACUUCACAUGACUUCUUCCAGCGCUGGAAACAGCUCAGCCAGCCUCAGCAGGAAGCACAGAAGAUCUUCAAGGCCAACCACAGCAUGGACACUGAAGUCCUGAAGGCUAAGCUGCUUGGACUAGGAACGGCCCUGCUGGACAACGUCGAUCCAAACCCAGAGAACUAUGUGUGUGCUGGAGUGAUCCAGACCAAGGGCCAGCAGGUUGGCUGUCUGCUGAGACUGGAGCCAAACGCCCAGGCACAGAUGUACCGUCUGACUCUGCGCUGCAGUAAGGACUCUGUGUCCAGGCGUCUCUGUGAGCUGCUGGCCCAACAGUUCUAAGAGUCCAGACCUCUACCAAGACCAGUACUCCCACCCCCACCAGCGACCUGCCCCUCAGCCCUCCUGCCACACCUGUCCUCCUCCUCCCUCCAACAAAGAGUCUCUGAGUAAAAAAGGUGUAACCAACAUAAGGGAAAAGCAGCCGCUGCAGCAACAGCGACCAAGUUAUCAUCCUCCUCUUCAUCCUUGUUAUCCUGUCCCAGAUUCUGUUUAUUAACAUGAUGCUACAUCCUUGUUUUUGUUGGUGUUUACCUGUGUAGCUGGUGUGUGUGUGUGGCUAGGUGUGUGUGUGUGUGUGUGGGCGCGCGUGUGUGUGUGUGUGGGUGCGUGUGUGUGUGUGUGUCCCAUAGUUGUUCUGGGGUCUCAUUCUGCUUCAUCCUGACUGCUCUGUAGUACUGCUGGUGUGUGUGUGAGUGAGAGAGAGAGAGUAUGUGUGUGAGUGAUUUCUUUUGAAUUGGUAGAACAUUCCGUGAAGUCAGAUGGGAGAAGCUGUUCAACACACACAUGUACUCACCCCCUCCCUCCACACACACACACACACACACACACUCACACACAGGUAUACAAUCUACGUGACUCCUUGUGGUUCUGGUGGGACCCACUAAUGAAGUGGGACCUGAGGGUCCAGGACUCUGAUCUGAUUUUUGUUAAUCAUUCCCAGUGAAGAUGCACUUAAGGUGCUGGGAUCUGAUCCAGCAUGACACCCGCCCCCACCCCACCCCCCACCCCGACUCCUCCUGCCCAGUAAUGACCAGUGACGACAUGACCAGUAAUGACCAGUAUGAUCAGUAAAGACCAGUCCCUCAUUUCAAUGAAGCAGUGCACUCGUGUUCUUGACGUGUUGUAAAUAUGUGCCAGUGGAUCACUUUACUCUGAGACAUUCCCAUCAUGCUUGUGUAGAGGCCUGUGGGUAGAUGAGGGUCCAGGGAUGAGACCUGGUAUUGAAACAGAUUCUAGAACUGUUUGAGUCCAUCUCCUCCGUUGCCUGGGAGACAGCUCCUGGUGCUUGAGAAGCCUGGGAAGCGUCUGAGCUGCUCUGGUCCGAUGAGGAGGGCUUCUCUUCACUGACGUCUCCUCUCCUGUGAAACGUCCUUUAUGAAAACCUGAACGUCACCUUUGUGCAGCUGCAACUUCUCCUCCAGGACCACCUGCACAAGUGAGGUUCAGGGUUCAGUUUCACAAGAGAGAGGACUUCAGGGAUCAGGAGUGAGUGGUGGUGAAGUUCCCUCCUCUGAUGAGCAGUUAACAGCUGAAUCAGUGAGCCACUCCACAGCUGGGGAGGAGAUGGACCCAAACAGGAUGACUCCACCUGAGAGAAGACACCACCUCUGCACACACCUGUAGAUUUCCUCUGAAGCAGUGUACAGCCUCACCUGGAUCAGAACUUAGUGGUCAGACUCUGUACAGAUGCUGAAUCCAGCACCAACGUAUGACAGAUUCAUGACCCUGAUUCUCCAGCCUGCAGUCUGUACACAACCACCACAGUACAUGACAACACUGAGUGUGUGUGGACUGAUGUGUCCAGCUGUGGAGCUCCUCCCAGGCUCCUGUCACUCACAGGUACUGAUGAUGUGGGAGAGGACAGGAUGUCAGACAGCCAGACGUCCAUGACAACUACCAGGGACUCAGAGUGUGUGUGUGUGAAUGUGAGUGUGUGUGUUAGCAGGUAAAAAAAAAAGCCUAAAGACAUUUCUAAUACCUGGUCACAUUACAUUCUGUGGCUGCACGGCAAUCACAGGACAUUGAACUUUGUAGUGGAAAACGUAGUCAUUUUGUCAUUCUGUGAGUGUGUGUAUGUGAGUUUGUGUGUGUGUGUCUCUGCAGUAUCCACUAGCUAAUGCAGCCUCAUGUAUCGGUGUUAAGAACCUGUCCAAUACCUGUGUUAGAAUUAAGAUUUACUCUGUAAUGAAAAAAUGUGAAAGUAAAACUAUGCCAUAUAUCCAA